AUGAAUGCAAUACCAGAUAAUUUCACCAGAGGUUUAUAUAAUAUACAAAAUUUUGUGUUAACGGAAAACAAUAUAUCGUUUGUGGCUAGUGAUAUGUUCACUCACAUGUCAGGUCUACGGUCAUUAAGUUUAUCAUCUAAUAGGAUCACGCAUUUAAAUGGUAAUAUAUUUAAUGAACUGUCUGCUCUUAGGCGUCUAUCUCUACAUAAAAAUCGGAUGAAAAUGCUUCAAGCUGAUGUCUUUACCGGACGAUCCACACUUACACAUCUGAAUCUAGGUCACAACCAGAUACAAAUCCUUCCAGCCGAUCUCUUUUCGGCAUUAUCGACACUUACACAUCUGUCUCUCGGUGAAAACAAAAUAGAAAUCCUUCCAGUCUUUAUUGGACUAUCUACACUGACGCGUCUGUAUCUACAUAACAAUCAGAUUAAAGUCCUUCCGACAGAUAUCUUUUCUAGGUUAUCCAAACUUCGUUCAUUAGAUUUAGCAUCUAAUAGGAUCAAGCAUUUAAAUGGUAAUAUAUUUAAUGAACUGACCGCUCUUACGUAUCUGUCUCUAGGUAAAAAUCGGAUAGAAAACCUUCCAGCCAAUGUGUUUACUGGACUAUCUAAACUUACACAUCUGUUUUUAAAUAACAAUCAGAUAAACAUUCUUCCGGAUGAUAUCUUUACUGGACUAUGUAAACUUUACCAGCUAUCUCUAGAAAACAAUCAGAUACAAACUCUUCCAAAUUAUAUCUUUACUGGACUAUCUACACUUACAUUUCUGUCUCUAGGUAACAAUGAGAUAAAAACUCUUCCAAAUUAUAUCUUUACUGGACUAUCUACACUAACACAUCUGUCUCUAGGUAACAAUCAUAUAGAGAGCCUUCCGACUGAUGUCUUUAUGGGACUACAUGCACUUUACCAACUGUCUCUAAGUCACAAUCAGAUAGAAAUCCUUCCAGAUGAUAUUUUCAGUAGUUUAUCUGUGCUUGGCAUCAUCUUUCUAAACAACAAUGCCCUAUCCAUUGUACCUGUUGUACCUUCCUUUGUUAGAUUGCUUGACAUAUCCUACAAUAGCUUCGAGGUGUUACCUGCUGGAGCAUUUUCCAAUUGUAGUCAAUUAAACCUUUUGAAUAUCAUAGGUAACAAAAUAGAUAUACAGGAACACAUGUUUGAAGGAUUAAAUAAUCUGUCUACUUUAUUGACCGAUACUCCAUUCAUGUGCUGUGUUAAGCCUCCGUCUGUGUCUGACUAUAGAUGUUUGAGAGAUCCUGAAAAGUUGGCGGAUUGUUGGCAUGGAGAUUUGUCAUGCAAAUCAGAAGGAGAUGCGAUAUCUUCAUGUUAUACAUUGAUAGGUUCAGUUGCACUAAGAACAUCUCUCUGGGUAAUUGGAGUUUGUGCUUUAAUUGGGAAUUUUGCUGUUAUGUUCUACCGACUAUUCAUAGACACAGAUAAUCUUACAAUGAGUUAUUCGUUCUUUGUACUGAAUUUGAGUUUAUCAGAUUGUCUAAUGGGCGUCUACAUGAUUGUGAUAGGCAUUGUAGACAUCUAUUAUAACGGUGUCUACGCAUGGAACAACCAAACAUGGAGAAGAAGUACUCUAUGUACCACAGCUGGAGUUCUAUCCAGUAUAUCCAGUGAGAUGUCGACGUUUCUUAUUCUACUGGUGACGAUAGAUCGAGUCAUUGUCAUUAUGUUCCCAAUGUCCCGUCUUUCCAAACAGAACAUCUCGUGGAAACAGGCAUCUGUGGUCUCGGUGUGUCUGUGGCUUAUUUCUACCACACUUGCAGUCAUCCCAGUUAUUUCCAUGCAGUCCUACUUCAAGGGGGAAUACUACUCUCAGUCAGGGGUAUGUCUCGCCUUACCAUUGACUGACAUCGAACAACCAGGUGCUGAAUAUUCGUUUGCAGUGUUUGUUUGUCUCAACUGUCUCGUCUUUUUAGCUAUAGCCAUAGGGCAAAUCGGCAUGUUUAAAAGUUUGAUUUCAAGCCCAGGGCGUCGUAUGGCCUCGUCACAGUCUCGUCAACGGGAUAUAUCUGUAGCAAGAACUCUCUUUAUGGUGGUGGCGACCGACUUUUGCUGUUGGUUUCCGAUCGGCGUAAUGGGAGUGAUUUCAAAAUUUGGAUACCAGAUGCCGCAAGGCGUUUAUGCGUGGGUUAUGGUGUUUGUUUUGCCAAUCAAUGCUGCCAUCAAUCCAUUCUUGUACACGGCCUCAGCUAUAUGGAGGAAGCGACAAAGAGAACAACAGAUUGCAAUGACCACUUCAAAGAAAAACAACAGAAGGAUCAACGCGAAAUCGAGUUGAAUAUAUUUUAACAGCCAUGUCAACCGAGUAUGUCUGAAGACUCGUCAAUUCCUCUGUCUUUUGUUAGAGGCGUGGUAACUGUCUUUGCAAGAAGUGUAAUACAACUUAGCGAAAGAAAACGCUGGAAAGAACGCUGAUUACUGUUUUCUGUUGGUAGAUUUGUGAAAUAAAGCAUGACAUGAAAAUGU